CCCAGGCGCGGGUGGCGCUCAGGCCGGGAGCGAGGUGGCUCCGGCGGCCGCACCAUGGAGUCGGGCCCCGAGGAGUACGAACUCAAUGGCGACCUGCGCCCCGGCUCACCGGGCUCCCCGGACGCCUCGCCAUCCCGCUGGGGCCGGAACCGGCCCAUCAACGUGAACCAUUACGCCAACAAGAAGAGCGCCGCGGAGAGCAUGCUGGACAUCGCGCUGCUGAUGGCCAACGCUUCCCAGCUGAAGGCCGUCAUCGAGCAGGGUCCCAGCUUCGCCUUCUUCGUCCCCCUGGUGGUCCUCAUCUCCAUCUCCCUCGUGCUGCAGAUUGGCGUGGGCGUGCUGCUCAUCUUCCUUGUCAGGUACGACCUCAACAAUCCGGCCAAGCACGCCAAGCUGGACUUCCUCAACAACCUGGCCACCGGCCUGGUUUUCAUCAUUGUCGUGGUCAAUAUCUUCAUCACGGCCUUUGGUGUCCAGAAGCCUGUGAUGGAUGUGGCUCCCCGGCAGUAGGGUUCAGAUGCCUCCGGAUUGCACCCGACCACAGCUACCCAGAUCCUGGAGCCGCCUCCCCCUUGAGGCCCACCUCCCUAUGGGGGGCACUCCUGGCAACCGCAAGAGCCCAGGCGGGCCCCACUAGACUGUCCUGGGACUAGCCGCCCGUGGCGAGGCCACCCCAGGCCAGUGCAGGUCCUGCUCUGUCCUUGGCUGCCCAUUCUCCUGGAGCGUGGCCCAGGGGACAAGUGGGGCAGGGUGGUGGUCACCACGGACACACAGCAGCCCAAGGAUUUGGGCAACGGGUCCCAGUCGGCCUUGGACUCAGGAUGUUUCCAGAGUGACAAGGAGACCCCUGUGUCUGCCAGCGCAACGAGGACUUCGAGGCCACAUGCUGGGGACCCUUGGCGUCUGUGUUUCCUGACCUGGGACAUGGGACUGCUGGCCCCCGCUGGCCACAGCCCCUGCACACGCCUUCCACCAGCAGUAACGGGGCAGUCCCCUGCCCCCCUCAGGGGCCUGAGCCCCCACAUUUCUAAACCAACAACCAAUAAAGCUGACGCAUCUCUUCC